AUGUUGCCUUCACCAAUAAACAUUCAUAAGUGGGUAGAGGAGAAUGAGGAUAAGUUGAAGCCACCAGUUAACAACUUUUGCUUGCAUAGGGGUGGUUUCACAGUGAUGAUUGUUGGCGGACCCAAUGAAAGAAGUGAUUACCAUAUUAAUCAAACACCAGAGUAUUUUUAUCAAUACAAAGGAACCAUGUGCUUGAAAGUCGUUGAUGACGGGAAGUUCAGAGACAUUUUAAUUCACGAAGGUGACUCAUUUUUAUUGCCACCCAACACCCCUCAUAACCCUUGUCGUUACAAGGAUACCAUUGGGAUAGUUGUCGAGCAAGAUCGUCCAGAGAGUGUUAAUGAUGCAAUCAGAUGGUAUUGUAGCAAUUGUGAAGAUGUUGUAUAUCACAAGGACUUUUAUUUGACUGAUUUGGGAACCCAAAUCAAAGAAGCCAUUGUUGCCUUUGAUUCAAAUAUUGAUGCCAAAACUUGCAAAAAAUGUGGGCACAUAAAUUCAUCAAAGAGAUAG